AUGCUCAUGUAUGCAAGGAACUUUACAGCCGGCGGCCGAGGCGGGCCGGACCGGCUCGAGUCGAACCGAGUCGACCCGGACCGCUCCGAGCCAGCGAGAGCCGCACCGGACCGAGUCGAGUGGGACCGAUGGGCGGCGGACGCCGGAGCCGGUCCGAGCCGGCGGCGGCGCGACAAGAAGUUCUGUUGCCCAAAGUGCCCGAUGACGUUCUCCAACAGGGGCCAGCUGACCGGCCACUUCCGGAAGCACACGGGGGAGCGGCCGUUCGAGUGUGAGACGUGUCACAAGCGCUACCGCAACGAGGAGCUGACCCGCCACACACGCAUCCACACCGGCGACCGGCCGUUCGGCUGCGAGAUCUGCGGCAAACGGUUCGGCCGCAAGGACCACCUCAACAAACACCAGCGCACCCACACCACGCCCUUGUACGCCGCCUAUGCGUCUAUGACGUCAGCCCCGCACGGAGUGCUCUCACCAUUCCCAUUCGGGUAUGGUGCGGAGACGUGCAAACUGCUGCAAUAAUUGUGUGUAUGUGUGAAUUAUGAUUUUUUGCCAUUAUUAUUUAAAGUGAUGUGAGGCUGGAGGUUGCGUCAUAAGUGAUGAUAGUUUGCGAUU